UACAUCUACUCGCAUGGUCAUAUUAUUGUUUUAUAUUGACAUUAUUUUUCUGGACCGUAUUUAUUUAAACUUUAAAAGAAGCAGAAUAAUAGAAAAAUGAGUCUACCAGCUGCACUAUUGCAGCGCCUGAAGAAGCGCGGUCUUGUGACCAAACAAUCGGGAACCACACCGAUUUCAGAAGCUAUAGAAGAGAUUAUAGCCGAAAACUACGACGACGAUGACAAGAGCGGCCCGUACCCGUACAAGGAGGACAUAUCCCCGGAGCCCAAGCGCAGGAGCGUGGAGGAGCAGUUCUGGUCGCACCGCAUCAAGGAGCGGAUCGGCGUGAACGAGUCCUACCAUGGUUACAAGCUGUGUCCCAACAAGUACAACAUAUACCACAAAUGCUCGCUGUACUGCGUGAAUAAGUUCAACAGCGCCCCGCACUCGCAACCCGGCCAUAGGUAUCUCAAGCGCUACAAGAGAUUGCUGCGAAAAUAUCCACUGGAGGCGGGCUGGAAGGAUAUCUACGAUAGGGGCUGCAGGGCUUACUACUUCUAUAACUCCACCACCCAAACUGUCUCGUGGCUACCUCCUUCCCAUCCCAAAGCACGCGUCACGAACAGCGCCGCCGUGUUUCGCAGACAACUGGCCAAUUCCAACGAUGAGUUCAACUUCGAUACCAACAUGGUUCUGCCCAAGUCUUCUAACCAAAAUGAACUCGAUGAGCCCGAUGUUUUCAUACCCCCCAAGAAGCAAAAGUCCAGGGACCUGGAACGAAAAAUUCAGCGACGUCGCCGUAAUGAUAACUAGUAGCACUAUUUGACCUAUGAGCUGUAGUUAGCUACUGCUCGAAUAAAAAUGAAUAACUAUGAUAUUAAGGUUUAAAAAUGUA